AUGAAGUCAGAGCUGCGGGAUUUCGUUAGCUGCAUCCCCAGCGCCGUGUGCCAGGGUUUGUGCUGGCGCUGGGACAAGUGCUGCCCGGCCAGGGAGCCCGUGCAGGGACCUGACUGGUGCUGGGGGACACUUCAGCUCUUCUGUGAAGGUAUAAAGCUCCAAGAGGAAGCUGAAAUGCAACGUCCCCCCAUGCCUCCCCAGUCUGGAUGCCUCGUGGUUGAUCUUUCACACUUGUCCCCAGAGGAGAGAUGGAGGGUGGAGCACGCACGGAUGCAUGCCAAGCACCGUGGUCACGAGGCUAUGCAUGCCGAAAUGGUCCUCAUCCUUAUCGCCACGCUUGUGGUGGCACAGCUCCUGUUGGUUCAGUGGAAACAGAGGCACCCUCGCUCCUACAACAUGGUGACCCUCUUCCAGAUGUGGGUAGUGCCUCUGUAUUUCACAAUCAAGCUGUACUGGUGGCGGUUCCUGGUAAUCUGGGUGCUCUUCUCAGCGGUCACAGCUUUCGUCACCUUCAGGGCAACUCGAAAACCUCUGGUACAGACAACGCCCAGGCUGGUUUACAAAUGGUUUCUACUAAUAUACAAGAUCAGCUACGCCACUGGAAUUGUAGGGUACAUGGCUGUGAUGUUUACACUUUUUGGUCUUAACUUAUUAUUCAGAAUCAAACCAGAAGAUGCAAUGGACUUUGGCAUCUCCCUCCUCUUCUACGGUCUUUACUAUGGGGUGCUGGAGCGGGACUUUGCCGAGAUGUGCGCGGAUUACAUGGCCUCGACGAUCGGGUUCUACAGCGCCUCGGGGAUGCCCACCAAGCACCUCUCUGACAGCGUCUGCGCUGUCUGCGGCCAGCAGAUCUUUGUGGACGUCAACGAGGAGGGGAUCAUCGAGAACACCUACCGCCUCUCCUGCAACCACGUGUUUCACGAGUUCUGCAUCCGUGGCUGGUGCAUUGUCGGGAAGAAGCAGACGUGUCCGUACUGCAAAGAGAAGGUGGAUCUCAAGAGGAUGUUCAGUAACCCCUGGGAGAGGCCUCACGUCAUGUACGGGCAGCUGCUGGACUGGCUGCGCUACCUGGUGGCCUGGCAGCCGGUGAUCAUCGGACUGGUGCAGGGCAUCAACUACAUCCUGGGGCUGGAGUAAGGGCAGGCGGUGGGGAGCCGUGGAGCCACGAGAGGAUGCGUGCCCAGGGCAGGGGACAGCAGCCGGCUGGGGACGCCAGCUUUUCUCCGUCACCUCUCAGGACCUUGGCCGCCCCCGAGGACCCGUGGCGGCAUCGGGGGCUGAGAGAGGACUCUGCCCUGGGGCCCCUCCCGCUAGGGCUGGGGAGGCUUUUUUUAAAGCAAUUAUUUUAAUGAGCGUAUUUAAAACUUUGUAUUGCAGAUGAAAAGAGACGCUUGUCCCGUUUCCCCCCCAGCCCCUCUCCAGCCCUUGGCACGGCCCCGGAGUGCUGAGCUUUUGGCGGGGUGCUGUCCUCUCCUGCUGCUCUGCGGGGGGAGGCAACAGGGAGGGGGCCGAGGCUUUGCCGCCUCCGACGCUGGCUCCCCGGAGCAGCCCUGCCGGCAGCGAGGAUGGGACACGGGGAAGCAGGGUCAGGGCUGGGCCCCUCCCCUGCGUGGGGCUGCGGAGGAGAGGCUGCCUGGGGGGGCUGGAGCCCCGCGCCCUGGAAGAGGGGACGGGGGGAUGCUCGGCUGCCCCGGCACUGAGUGCCGCAGGCCGGACUCUUGGCUGCCAGGUCCCCUCCCUGGUGCUGUGGGUGCGUGGGGAGGAACCGAGCCGCUCUCCUUUGCUGUGACGGUGGGCUCUGCCUGCGCCCUGCCUCGCGUAACCCUUUUGUACGCUCCCAUCUUUUCUAUCUUCCUCCCCAGGGGCCGGCAGUGGCACCCAGCCACUGCGGCUCGGGGGCCAGCCAGGGCACGGAGCGGUGCUGUGCCGUUUCUCUCCCUGUGCCCCUUUCCGUGAUGGUAUGUCAGGAGCAGCCCGAGAGGGGAUUGCCCCGGGGCUCGCGGGAUGCCUCGCUGGGCAUUGCUCUUUUUGGCACUGUGAUAAAAGGGAUGGAGCGAAAGGCGCGGGCUGGGCUGGGCUGAUGCCGGUGUUUCCCCACCCCGGCAUCGCUCCGCUCCUCCUUGCUGUGCCAGCGCAUUGAGCUGUGCGUCCGUCCCUCUUGCGCAAGGGGCCUUGAGCUCGUUUUUUGGCAGUGGAGGGGUACAGCCCGUGACAGCAGCGUGCGGGGGUGAGGUCCCUGACCCCAGGGCCAGCUGGCGCUCACGGGGACACCGGGGUGUUUUGGGGGUGGCAGGGAGUUGGCCUUCCUAGUGGCAUGGGGGCUCGAGCCGUGUCCCCUGAGGGCGUUGGGGUCUGGCAGGGGGAUGCGAGGUGUCACCCCGCUCCUGGUGCGAGGGGCUACGCCGCUUCGCGUGGGGGAUUGGGGAAGUGGUGGCAGCGACGGGUCGUCUGCGGGUGCAGCAUGGGCUGCGUCACCCAGGGGAGACCUGGCGUGGCUGCGCCACGUGGCCCGCCGAGUCCUUUUGGUUUUCUUUCGGGUGAAACCACAUCAUGAUGUUGUGCCAAACACAGAAAUAGAGUCCUGGAAACAGACACAUGGCCCAGGGUUUUUCUUGAUUGUCUUCUCUGCCCUGGCGUGAUGCCACGGUUCCUUCUCCCGCCUUCGUGCUCCCUGGGGGGAUGAUGCUGCAUGUGGCUGGGGACAAAGCGCCUGCGUAUUUCACCUCGUGAUUCCCUGAGCUCACCUGGGUUGGGUUUUUGUGGGGAGUGGGGAUGUCCUCCUGCAGUGGCUGCCUCUGGCCCCUCACUGUCACACCCUGGCCACGGUGCCUGCAGGCACUGCGGGGAGGGUGCAGCUGCUGUCCCCAUCCUGGCGGGAGGAAGGGGAGGUGUUGCAUUUGGCAGGCUUGGAGAUGUCUCUGAGAUAACCCCCCUCCCAGGCGCCGUCCUACCCUUCUGGGAAGUGUCAAUAACAACUGCUGGGAAACUUGCCGGGAUUUUA